GCGCGGUUUCCCAGCGCGCGCAGGCGCAGACGGCGAGGGGCGAGCGUCCCGCCCCGGCGCCGUCUCGGGACCGCUCGGGCCGCCCAGGUCUUCCUGUCGCUGCUGCCUGAGCCCCAGGAUGUUUCACGGGGUCCCAGCCACUCCAGGCCUGGGAGGCCCUGGGACCAAACCAGAGCUGUACGAGGAGGUGAAGCUGUACAAGAAUGCCCGGGAGCGGGAAAAGUACGACAACAUGGCAGAGCUGUUUGCUGUGGUGAAGACGAUGCAGGCCCUGGAGAAGGCCUACAUCAAGGACUGCGUCACCCCCAACGAGUACACAGCAGCCUGCUCCCGGCUCCUGGUCCAGUACAAAGCCGCCUUCCGGCAGGUCCAGGGCUCCGAGAUCAGCUCCAUUGAUGAAUUCUGCCGCAAGUUCCGCCUGGACUGCCCACUGGCCAUGGAGAGGAUCAGGGAGGACCGGCCCAUCACCAUCAAGGACGACAAGGGCAAUCUCAACCGCUGCAUCGCUGACGUCGUCUCGCUCUUCAUCACUGUGAUGGACAAGCUGCGCCUGGAGAUCCGCGCCAUGGACGAGAUCCAGCCAGACCUGCGGGAGCUGAUGGAGAUCAUGCACCGCAUGAGCCACCUGCCGCCCGACUUUGAGGGCCGCCAGACAGUCAGCCAGUGGCUGCAGACGCUGAGCGGCAUGUCGGCCGCGGAUGAGCUGGACGAUGCCCAGGUGCGUCAGAUGCUCUUCGACCUGGAGUCGGCCUACAACGCCUUCAACCGCUUCCUGCACGCCUGAGCCCGGCCCCCGGGAGGGGCUUGGCAGGGGCGCCUGGCAGCCACGUGUGCAUCUCUCCCAGCCAUCAGGACCAGCGCCCCUCCCUGCCUGCUGCACACUAAUAAAGCUGUCCUCUGAC